CGUGUGGCCGAAGUCGGAGCGCGGGCCAUGGGGGCCAUGGGGGCCCCGGGGAGCCCCGGGGACGGGGCCCAGGAGCCCGAGCAGCGGGAGCCCCAGCCUCAGCCGGAGGGGCCCAGCAGGACCCCCGAGGCCCCAACCGACGGACAACACCCGCAGGAUGACGACGAGGAGGAGGAAGAAGAAGAAGAAGAAGGAAGCAGCACGGAGAGCAGCAAGGACCGGGUGGUGGAAGCCCCGUCCCUCCCGCCAUCGCCCCCGUCCCCGCCGCCCCAGCCGGAGGGGCCCCGGGGGGCAGCCCGGCGCCUGCGCGGGAAGCAGGUGGAGGCCCUGACUCGGUUGGCCCUGAUGGAGCAGAGAGUGAAGGAGCUGCAGCAGCAGAGGAAGGAACUGAGGAUUGAGAUGGAGGUGGAGGUGGCACUGCUGCGCGGAGAGCUGGCCGGGGAGCGAGUGGCCGCCCGGCGCGAGGAAGAGAAGCUGCGGGAGCUCACGGGGCAGCGGGACGAGGCCCAGCGCAAGCUGCGGGACCAGCGGGACCAGGAGCAGCAGCACCUGGCCGAGGAGCGGGCCCGCGUACAGCAGCUGGCCCGGAGGCUGGAGGAGGUCCGGGGGCUACUGGACUCCCAGCCUGAGAGUCAAAAGGAGCGGCUGCUUCAGGAUGCCCACGAGGUGUCGGAGCAGCUGGAAGCCGCCCAGCGGGGCUACGAGGAUCUGGAGUUCCAACAGCUGGAGCGGGAAAGCCGGCGGGAGGAAGAGGAGAGAGAUGGGGCCGGGGCCGGGGGCCGGGAGCUGGAGGGACAGAUCUGGGAGCUGGAGGGAAGUCUGGCCCAGCACAAGCGACGGGUCCAGGUGCUGGAGGAACAGUUGCGCUCGCUGGGAGAGCAGAUGGCGGCCGAGAGCCGGGGCCUUAGCCGCAAGAAAGAGGAGGCCAUGCAGGCACUGAGCCAGGAGCGGACCCGCCUCCUGGCACUGAACAAGCUGCACGGGGCCCAGGCUGGAGACACGGGCAUCACUGAGCAGAACCAGGCCCUCACCAAGCUCCUGUUCACUCAGAAGACGGAUCGGCAGCUCCUGUUUCUCAAAGACCCCUCCGUAGCAGCCGCCUCCUCCUGCCUGUUCUCCGUCCACAGCUCCCUGCAGGGCUCCUUUGGGCUCCAGCGGACCGGGAGUUUGCCAAGGAGACGGGGAGACCGGGCUGGACUAAGGGGGGCCACCCCACGGCCUCUGUCCCUGCACUGUAGCGGACCCCUGGAGGCAUCGGGGCCACAGGCCCCCCCAAGCGAGGGGGCUCCCCUCAGGCUCCCUCUGUAUCAGCUCCUGAGCUGCAGCCCCGGGACCAGCUGUGGGGUCCCCCACCCCGAUAUCGCUCACAUGGAGAAGCUCCUGCACCAGGCCAUGGCUGAGAGGGAAAGGCUACUGAAAGCUCGGGAGGAGACAAAAGGAAACAAGGAGGAGUCUAAACCUGCAGAAACACCAGCGACCCCGGUCAGUGGCCUCCUUCCCCAGCGUGGCUCAGUGGAAAGAGCCCGGGCUUUGGAGUCAGUGGUCAUGGGUUCAAAUCCCGGUUCCGCCGUCUCCCCUCCCGUGACUUCCCAACUCUCUAAGCCACAGGCCCCAGAGAUUCCCGCCCCGGCGGCUCCCCAGCCCCUGGACCUCCGUCGGCACCUGGAGCGCUGGGGCCACAGCCUGGACAGCUGCCCGCAGGUCCACGUGGCCAGCAGCUGCUGCCGGGGACCACUGAUCAAGAUGGGCGGGAGGAUCAAGACCUGGAGGAAGCGCUGGUUCUGCUUUGACCGGAGCAAGCGCCGUCUGGCCUACUACGCUGACAAAGAGGAGACCAAACUCAAAGGAGUCAUCUACUUUCAGGCCAUCGAGGAGGUUUACUAUGACCACUUGCGCUGUGCAUUUAAGAGCCCCAACCCUCGCCUGACAUUUUGCGUGAAGACCUACGAGCGCCUGUUCUGCAUGGUGGCCCCCAGCCCCGAGGCCAUGCGCAUCUGGAUGGACGUCAUCGUCACGGCGGCCGACGAGAACCACGCCCCUUAACAGGCCAAGCCCACCAAUAGGAG